AUGCCCGGCGCGAAUGUUUCAUGGCAAGUGCACUCUAUUGAAAUUCUCGGUGUUACCAAUUCCACCGUCGAAAUACCCAUUGGACCAGCCGCGUCGGAGGCAACCUUACAGCCCAGGGCAUCAACAACAUUAGACGAUAAUAAAUCAUCGCUUCAACUUGACAAUCCGCUUAUAGCAUACAAUCGUCGGUUGGACAAUUUUAGGCGUAGCUCAAAAUAUCUUGCAAUAAGGAACGUUUGUGAAGAGAUGCAAAGGAACAACGUGAAACCAGACUUGUUAACAUACAAUAUAUUGUUAUCGGCAUAUGAACCGCUUGGGAACGUGCCGGAUUCUUUGAGGUUGCUGGACGACAUGGCUUCGGCCGGCAUAGCUCCUGAUAUAACGACCUAUCACAUUUUAUUGAGGGAUGCAUAUUAUCGAGAACUCAUUUUUGACAUGAUUCAGAAGGAUUGGAACCUGCAACCAAAUAUUGUCACGUACGAGUGUUACCUGGAUGCUUUGUUGUCCAACGGAGAACUUGAGCGUGGCGUGGAAUAUUUGGAAUCCCUGAAAAGCAAAGACAUUCAACCAACGGUUAAGAUGUAUGGAAGUGUGAUCCAAUCGGCCAUCUCGUAUGGAGCAGUCAGUGAAGCGUUCGAAUUGUUAAAGACGGCAGAAAAUGACAAGUUACCAAUUUAUGUAAAUAUGUAUUACGAGGUGUUGAGGAGUUGCGCGGAUGAGUACAAUCUGGACGGUGUACUCUUUUGCUGGGAGAAGAUUUUAGAGAAAAAUUAUGCAACACUGGAUGAGGGCGCCUGCAUUGAUGUUCUUCACGUCGCUGCGAAGUUUGGCAAACCACAACUUGCAGCACAGGUAAUUGUUUAUCUAACAGAACACCGAAACGUGUCACUGGAAUCACACCAUCUUGAACCGCUUUUAGAAGCCUUUAUCGGUGACAAUGAUCUCAAGCAAGCCAUGGAUAUGUUAUCGAUAAUGCGUUCGUCUCAAAUUGAUGUCAGCCUCAAAAGUGCCGCCCCAAUCGUCGACGCCAUUCAGACGGACGUCGAAUUGAUUGACAAAGCGUAUUACGCCUUGGAGGAACUUCACAAGGAAGGUAAAAAAGUCGACGUGGUGGCAUUAAAUGCUAUUAUCGUUGCCUGCCGAGAUGUUCGCAAAAAAAUUGAUGCCAGCAGUUCGGAAAAGAAUAACUCGACCAACACCAAAAAGUUUGUGUCUAAUCCCGAUGUUCAUCGAGCGGUAGAGACAUACAAGGCUGCCGAGAAAUUGGAAGUUACGCCGGACGUUAAUACAUUCAACGCGUUGCUCAAUGUUUGCGUUGCAGCGCAGCAUCGAGAAUUAGGUGAACAAUUUUGGAAGGAAAUGAAGAAGAUGGGAAUAAGGCCUACAAUCGAAUCAUAUCGUCGCAUGAUAUUUCUGUGUUGCUCGCAACUCAACGAUGAUUACGAGGAUGCGUUUAUUUAUCUUGAGGAAAUGAAAGCACAGAAUAUGUUGCCGACUCCCACUAUUUACGAACGGAUCAUUCGAAAAUGUGUUCAGCAUGACGACGCGAGAGCCAAGAUAGCACUGGAGGAAAUGGAAAACUUUGGAUAUAAACCUAGUCCUGCACUCCAAGAUCUGUUAAGGUAUGGAGGUCAGUCGCCGAUUCUACAGAGGGAAUGGGGACUUCGAAAUAUUGACAAGCAACACAAGCGGGGUGACAUGUAUCAUGAAAAUAACAACAGUAACAACCGAAAUAAUCCGUUCAAGUCGAUGAACACGAAGAUCGAAUUGAGUGACCUGGAUCAAUUCUUUAGCACAAUCACCAAAACGAAGAUAGCAAAGAAGUGA